AUGGCUAGUUUUGGUAUCGGGUCGUGGUUUCGACCUUGGUUGGUGUUGUUGGUGUUGGCGGCCUCGUGUCAGCCAUCCCUGGCUCAGAUUUGUACGUUCUGGGAUAUGGGCUGUAUCGAUCCAUUCGCCCAGACAGCCGUAUCGGUCUCUUUACCGCCUCUCUUUCUCGAGGAUGUUAGCCUCUAUUAUGCGUUCGACGUCAAUUCGCAAGGAAAAGGUCGUGGGCCGAUGACCAAGUCGGCCUUCUGGCUCGGAUAUGACUCCAACCCUCGGAUCAACAGCUCGGUGAUCGACGCCAACCGCACUUCCGAGGUUGGUAUGCGAGUGGGCAAUCUUACCGGCACACCUGGGGGAGGAAACAAUGGAUGUGAUAAUAUUUGGGGACCCCGAUGCUCAAGGGAUCUGAUCGAUCUGAUCAAGGGGAACAUCUUCGCUCUGGCUACGAGCGGGAAUUAUUACUCGUACCCACUGGAUGCGGUCCUUCAUGAAAUGCUUGCCGCUAAGCCUGCACUUUCAAACUGCGCACCGUCCUUGUGGGAUGUGCAGGACAUUUGGGUUGAUUAUUUCGUCCAAGAAUCCGUCGCUGACCGCACGGCAACAAUCCAAACUCCUGGCGACAGUGACAGCCCCUGGAGAAACUUUCUACUCGAUGGCCUGACAGCCAGCCAACAGGCGGAGCAAGUCGCCGUCGCGAUCUUCAGUCGAGCCCCCUCGUACGACAGUGGUCCACCCGAAACCAAAGAUGAAAUCGACGUCAACCUCGUCUGUGUUCAAGCUCCCUCGUCAGGCAGUUCCUCCAGCUCCGACGAUUAG